GGUGCGCGCUUGAAUGCGGAAGUGGAAAAACGCUUCCCUUGGCGCUUCCGGGUUCCGCCUCGCGCACAAACUGACCGACUGAUCGCUCGUACCGGAGCUCGCCGGCGCUGGAACGCACUCGAGAUGGCCGCUCGGUUACCGGCAUGCGUCGUGGAUUGUGGCACAGGGUACACUAAACUGGGAUAUGCAGGAAACACGGAGCCGCAGUUCAUCAUUCCUUCGUGCAUCGCCAUCAAGGAGUCGGCGAAGGUGGGCGAUCAGGCCCAGCGGAGGAUGAUGAAGGGUGUGGAUGACCUGGACUUCUUCAUCGGAGACGAAGCCAUCGAUAAACCCAAUUACGCCACUAAAUGGCCCAUCCGGCACGGGAUCGUGGAGGACUGGGAUCUGAUGGAGAGGUUUAUGGAGCAGGUGAUCUUCAAGUAUCUGAGAGCCGAACCCGAGGACCAUUACUUCCUGCUGACCGAACCUCCUCUAAACACUCCAGAGAACCGCGAGUACACGGCCGAGAUCAUGUUUGAGUCCUUUAACGUACCAGGGCUGUACAUCGCUGUGCAGGCUGUUCUGGCUCUGGCGGCGUCAUGGACAUCUCGACAGGUCGGGGAGAGAACGCUCACAGGAACCGUCAUCGACAGCGGAGACGGAGUUACUCACGUCAUUCCAGUGGCGGAGGGUUACGUGAUCGGCAGCUGCAUUAAACACAUUCCCAUCGCGGGCCGAGACAUCACGUACUUCACACAGCAGCUGCUGAGAGAGCGAGAGGUGGGCAUCCCUCCGGAGCAGUCGCUGGAGACCGCCAAAGCCGUCAAGGAGCGCUUCAGUUACGUCUGUCCUGAUCUGGUGAAGGAGUUCAGCAAGUACGAUACGGACGGAUCCAAAUGGAUCAAGCAGUACACCGGCAUCAACGCCAUCAGCAAGAAGGAGUUCACCAUCGACGUGGGAUACGAGCGCUUCCUGGGGCCAGAGAUCUUCUUCCACCCUGAGUUUGCUAACCCGGACUUCACUCAGCCCAUCUCUGAGGUGGUGGACGAGGUCAUUCAGAACUGUCCGAUCGACGUGCGCCGUCCGCUCUAUAAGAACAUCGUCCUGUCUGGCGGCUCCACUAUGUUCCGUGACUUCGGCCGGCGUCUGCAGAGAGACCUGAAGAGGACGGUGGAUGCGCGUCUGAAGCUCAGCGAGGAGCUCAGCGGAGGAAAACUCAAGCCCAAACCCAUCGACGUGCAGGUCGUCACCCACCACAUGCAGCGCUACGCCGUGUGGUUCGGAGGAUCCAUGCUGGCGUCCACCCCGGAGUUUUACCAAGUGUGUCACACCAAGAAGGACUACGAGGAGAUCGGGCCGAGCAUCUGCCGCCACAACCCUGUGUUCGGUGUCAUGUCCUAAACACACACACACACACACACACACACACACACACGGGAAUGGGAUGGUAGGGAGCAGAUGCAGAAAUGAGAAAUGCUUUUUCUAUUGUUGGUCCCCUCAGAGACGUGUGCACCACGACUGCUGGACACACACACGACGGUUUUCUUGAGUUUUUGUUGAUUUUAUCCCAGUGUAAGCAACCGAAAGCGCUUCAGUCUGUGUCGUGUGAGUGUGUGCCGCGUGUAACUGAACUCUGAUCGUGAGGUUUAUGAUGAAACUGGACCGGCGUCAUUAUUGUCAUUGAGGUGUAAAGAAUCACAUGUUGAACUCUGUUUGGCUCCAUCUGUUCUUUAUUUUAAUGUUUUAUGACCCAAACCCCUACCACAUUAAAGCAAAGCAUUUCCUGCUCUACCUUGAUAUUCCCUUUCCAUCUCUCAAAUUUGUGACUAAAAGAAAACUUAAAAAAUAUCCCAUAUACUGGAUUUUCUGUCUGUCUCUCUUUUUCUUCUUGGCGUUUUAGAUACUCUACUGCUUUUACCUUCAGAUGCCAUUUAUUCAUGAUCGCAGACAGUCCUUGAGUGGAAUCAGUAUUAGCAGAAGCUCGUUUUGAUAAAGGCAGACACACGUGGGGGAUUUAUAAGUGUAAUGGUGAAACAUUCCAAUAAAAGCUCAUGGUUUCUAAUGAA